AUGAACCCCAAGAGUCAAUCGCUGCGCAUCCAAUACUGUCGCGACAUUCCCGGCUCUCGAAUUGUUCUGUCGCAUCUAGCUUCCAUGAUUACCGACAGCCAACUCUACUCGCUCGCCAUCUUCCUCGGAAGCGCUGCCAUGCUGCUCAUCGUCCUAUACCAUUUCCUCGAGGUCAAUUCCGACGAUCACAAAGUUGAGGAGAAGCCCAAGGCCGCGUCAGGCAAGGUCAAGGCAUGA